AUGUCAAAUCUAAGUGCAAAGCAUAAAAUCCAAUUGAGUAUUGCCACACCUCCGCAAUUGCCUCAGCAACUUGAAAAAUCAAUUCCUCAUGUAGCUAUGACCUCCGCUCCUAAUGUGGCAGAACCAUCCACUAGACCUUCAUUGCCUCUAAUGUCAAGUGGUGAAGCGCAGUGUAGAGUCCCAUGUGGAACUACAGCAUCUGCACAAUUGCCUCACCAACCUGAAAAUUCUUCUCUUCCUCAACCAUCUAUGCAUACAUCAUCUCCAGUCAUGUCUGAACCAAUUAGGAGACCCUUGAUAUCACCUGCAUCAUCUCCUUCAAUCCCAUCUCUUGGAAUAGAAGCCUCACAAAACCCAACUCAAGGCUCUCCUGCUAGUUCCAACCCAUGGGGUAUUGAUCCCUCAGAUAAUCGGAUGUGGGUAUAUCCUGAGAAUAAAACAAACAAUUUAAAUGGUUGCCACAACAUGAAGUUGCUAUUAGGAGAAAUUGGAACUUAAAGUGCGCAGAAAUCGUAAGACAUA